AAAACGCCGGCGUCCGUCCACUUCAACCCUUUCCCCGUCAACCGACCGACCGAACGAACGUAGCGUACCCUCACGCUUCCCAUACUCUUUUCCUCCCCCUCCCGCCGAUUGAUGGCCGCGAUGGCGGCUCAGAACCCGACCGGCGGCGCCCCCGCGGGCCUGCCGAUGCCCUCGCGCAACCCGCUCCCCCUCUCGGCCACCCAGGAGGCGCAGAUCAGAGACAUUUACCACGCGCGCGUGCGAAACGCCUGCGCACCUGAGAUUAAAGCCUUUGCAGACUGCGCCCUAAACCGCACCUUCACCGUCUCCUUUGUCUGCCGCACCCAGCUCCGCGCAAUGAACGGCUGCAUGAAGGCCCACGCCACGCCGCAGGAGCACGACGCCGCGCGCGAGGAGUGGUUCGCCAAGCGCAUGGAGCGUCAAAAGGAGCGCGAGCGUAAAGCCGUCAAGAAGGCGCAGCAGGAGGACUUUAUCAGAGAGUGGUGGGGUCUGCCCGAAAAGGACGCCGAGACGAGGAGGAAGGAGGAGGAGAAGAUGAGGCUGGGCGAGCGCGUGGGCGGGUACGCUGCGAGAGAUCGAAAGAGUGUUGCGGCGGCGGAGGAGAGGCGGUGAUGAAUACUCGGUACGGGGAAUAGGGGGAUGGGGU